AGUACCUUUCCUGAAAGAGUGACAGACUUCACAAUGCAUGAAGUAUGUGGAGUAUGUUGAGUAUGUUGCCUGUAUAUGAUUUAUUUGCAGUUUUUUGAUCAACAAAUUCUGUGAACAAUGAAAUAUCUUUGUUUCAGGAAACAAUGAAUGAGUUGUAAACAAGAACGAAGAUGAAGUUCGAACACUCUUGGUGACUGCUGCAAUUUCAGGGUUUUCUUGCGCGCAGAGAGUGGCGAAGGCUGUGACAAAAACCGGUAAGUACACGCUGCAUACUAUCUAGAAUUGUCCACCCCACAAUUUUUAUGUGUAACAACAUAAUCUCCUGCCUCUUCUUGGUGAGCUUUGAAAAACAAGUAUAGACAACAAUGGAUACUUAUCGUCUGCAAAUAAAUGGCGGAGUACUUUCUGGUUUCGCACAUUUUUUUUCGCGAAACGAGGUUGAUUGUGAUUAAUUGUGAGUGUAACCGAGGUUAAAAGAGGUCUUGAAACACUCCAAGAAACCACUUAAUAAUGAUGGUUUGAUUGCUACACCAACUUGUCAAUGGAAACCGAGAGGGGUAACUACUUGGUAUUGGUCUGGUCAGGUACACAAAUAGUGGUCCCGUAAUAGUUUUUCCUAAGUGCGACUACAGAUGUUAAGGGCCUGUUUACAUGGAAGUGGGGGACCCCAGGUAGGUGAGGUAACCUGCCUAAGUGGGGUAACCCGCCUGUCCAUAUAAAUUCUUAUUUUAUUUCGAUCACAUUUAUAUGAUAGUUGGGGGUGACCUGCCUAGGUGGGUUGCCCGGUCUGCCAGGUAGGGUAACCCUGUCAGCCAGGGUGACAAUUUGCCAUGUAAACGUGUCAAGGUGGGGUAACCUGCCUAGCAGGGGUCGCAUUCAUGGCAAAAGCUCAAAAGCGAAACAUGUGUUUUAAAACUUUGUACAUUUCCUGUCUGUCUCAUGGCAGAAAUCAUCAGAAACUGCAACAGACACACAAGGAGUGUAAAAUGUUCACAUUUUGGAAUAUUUAGCAUUGUAAAUCAACCACAUUUGGUUUCCCAAACUGUUCCGUAUAAUGUAUUAAGUCAACAGUUACUUGCACAACCAAACACCGUGUAACACAACACGUGACACUUUCAGGAAUAAAUACAUAUCUGCCUGAGAAUUAAUCCUUUGUCUUUUUCGAGAUGUGAGCUUGGGAUGCCUCUGCUCAAACUCCUUAAUUGCAAGCACAACAACAACCUCAAGAAACCUCACCCCAGCACCCUGGGUUGCAAGAUUGCAUGUAAACACUUUUUAUUUUUCAACCACGGUUAGGCAGGUUACCUCACCAAUAUAUAACUAUAGUUACAAUAUAUAACUGAUCUAUUAUAAAUAAUCACAUCACUCGAUUGAAAGGAAAGUCACAAAAAUUUAUUCACAUUAUUCCAGUACUGUUAUUCAACUAUUAUAUUCUACCUCAGCAUAAUAGCCUGAACAAAGACAAACAUUUUGUUCAAAAAUACUGUCACAACACUUUCUUUUCAAAGGAUGAUUUACUUUUUUAUAUACAAUGGCCAUUUCAAAUACAUAGUCUUUAUUUUGAUUUAUUUACAGUUUAUAAUAAGUAUAACCCUGGCUUUAUAGAAGAAUCCUUUUAAUUAGCACAAGUCAUGUUACCUCACAAAAUUAUGGGUUAGAAAUAUAAAUUUAGAGAACACUUCUUUCCCAAAGAUUUUACAUUUCUAUAUGAACAGGGAAAACCAGAAGUCAUUCUAUAAACUGCAUAAAUAUUUCUGUCUUAUUGUAAAAGGAUAAUCAGCCCCUCUCAAAGGAAUUCUUAAUCUCAUUGUUCAUAAAUUAUAUUUUCUGCUGUUGGUGCUUUUGUCAUCUACUAUAAACAGGAUAUUGCUUAAACCCAAAUUUUUGUUCAUUCAGCUGGUAAGAAUCACAUACUCAUCGUUGCUCUCAACAUCCAUGCUAUCGUCAUCAUAACUAACAACAGAAGAGGUGGUCCUCUUGUCAUUAUCCUUGUCUUUCAGUUCUUUGCUUGUCUCACUACGGUUAAUAGGAUAUUCAGUUAUAUCCAUGUUUUCUUUCAAACUAUCUUGGAAUUCUUUAACCAAGAUGCUUGGUUCAUUGUGAUAAGCAGUACUUGGUCCUUCAAUGGCAUCAGAGAUAACAUCUUUUUCCAUCUGGCUGUAUAAAAUAAGUGAUGAUUCUCCACCUGUUGAAGAUAUAAUUAUAAUUAUGUGUGGAAGUGAAAGGUAAAUUUAAUGAUUUUUAUUUAAGUAUUAUUAUAAUAGUACACAGCAUCCUGCUGUAGUUGUUCAACAAAAGGUUUUUCAGAAACAAAAUAACCAUGGUGUAAGAAGUAUAUCUUACCAUCUGUUGAUUCCUCCGUCAAAUUCAAAAAAGAUGUAGAUUUCCUAAGAAAAUGAUAACAACUAUAGCUCAGCAACAUCUCUGAUCACAGGUAAAAUUGAUUGAAAGUGAAGUACUAUCUGAAAUUUAUCAAGGUUUAAAUUAAUAAAUAUUUAGAUUUGUUCUAUCUUAAAUGAUCAACUCCCAAGAUCUGAUUGUUAAUUCUACCCUCAAGGUGCUACACAUUUCCCUGUAAAUUGGUGUUGAGAAUUUGGAGUGAGAUCAAGAUAAAAGCCUCUACCCUCAAGCUUGAGUAUUCUCAUUACCUUUUCUUUGUAUAAUGGAUGGAUAUCACAGGAAGAAGUGACAUGUUAAUCACUUCUGGGAGUUAGAAAGUUGAAGGAAAUGGAGCCUAACAGCUAAUGUGGCUGUCUCUGGCAAUCAAUUUAAAAUUCAAAUAAGAAGUUUGUGAAGAAACAUGAAGCAAUGGUGUAAUUUCCAAAUUGUGGAGAAAGGAUGUGGUCAGCCUUAAUUCCCUCGAAAAAUCUCCAUGGGAGGUCAUAACUGAUACACAAAAUUUGAGAGUCAUACCAGGGUAUUGUAACCUGAUGUUUGUCCUGGUAAGUAUGCAGCAUUGUGGAAACAACUGAUAGCAUGUUAUCAAAGUACUUGCACCCUGUCUUUUCAAUCUUGAUCAAAGCUUCUAAAAUUCUGAAACAUCAAGCAGCAAAUCAAAAACCAAAGAAAAAAAAUAAACUUUUUCAUAUAAUAAUUAAAUAUAAACUAAUUGAGUAAACAAAAAAGUACUCUCCUCCUAUGCUAAACAAUGAAAUUUAAUUUACAUAAAGGACUGAAAUUAAUACUCACAUUUUCAGCAUUACCAAGAUUUGCUUGAAACUUAAAACACACGGUCUGGCAAAGAGAUCCAAGACAUAACAUGACUUGCGCAAAAUGUAACAUGACCAAAGCUCAGCUUCUGUUGUGAUAUUGUUGGCAUCCAAAAGCACUGAGAGUUAAGAACAAAUUGGGACACAUGAGUAUGUACACAGCAGUAGAUACUCAUAACUUGAAAAAACCAUGCACCUUAUAACCAAAAACUAGGGUAACCCUUUGACCACCUACAGUGACUAGCAUCUAAUUUCUCCUUACACCAUCUCCCCAGAAUCACACAAUAAAAUAAUGUGAAUAAAGGAAAUGAUUAGAUCAUUGAUUGAAACAGUAUGCAGGGAAUCUUUUAACCCCUAACUCCUAAUAGUGACUGACAGCAUAUUUCUCCUUACUUUAUCAUUGUUGAAUCAAAGGUUUAGAUCAUGAGAAUAAAAGAAAUGAUAAAGAAAAGAAGCUUUUGAUUGUUACACAAAUUCUCUUUGUCAGCACCUUAGGAAAUGUUUACAGAACAGUAUGGAGAAUAUGAAAACUGAUGGUGAGGUGUAAAUGGUUAAUAUAAGAGCAUAUAUUAUAGACUUGCUUACUCAUGGAUAGUUUUGAUUCUCCUUCCUCCAAUUCAGUCUCAGCCCAAUGGCUUCCAGUCUCCUUGUAAUCACAGGAUAAGUUGUCAUCAUUAAAUGAUACAUCAGAACUGUGGCUUGCUCUCUGAAUAACACAUGAUUCCUGACAAUGGGUUAGUGGAGAACUACUGUGUAAUGGCAGAAUAUUGAACAUCACAGAGGCUGUUGUUAGUGACUCGAGCACUAGUGUAUCAGGAUCUGGUAAAUAAAUUCAUUGCAAAUUACAGUCAUUUCAAUCUUUGAUUAAAAAAUGUGUGUCCGUGUUAUAUAUAAAGAGAGUGAACAUAACUCAGAGCUGAGGGAGAGAAAAAACCCACAAGGAUAGUUUCCCUGGUUUUUGAAACAAUUCUUCUGUCCAUAACAUUAUUCCACCAGACAGGAAGAAAAAGUCUCUUCUUCCUCACCAUUUCACAGUUCAUGUUGUGGAAAACCAUUGAAAAAAUAACCUCUUGGAAGAGAGUUCAGAUUCAGGAAUGUGCAUUGCCAUUUUUAUUGGAUUAAGUGCCCUGGGGACCUAUUAAGUGUUUGGACCUUGAGAGUAGGCACUUCUUCAAAGUGAGGGGUUAUUUAUUUUUCACCAUUUUCAGCAAGUGGGAAGUCGAUUUUGCAACAAAACAGUAAAUAAUGACAUGACCUUAAGAUGUACCAUAUACAGUGAAUUUAGAGAUUGUAAGCCAGUAAAUAAUAAUCAAUAUUCUUCUUGUGUGUGGAGGGAAGGGGGGAGGGAAAUAGGAGGGUUUGGGUCCAUAUUUUAGGCCUAGCCUGCAAGUACUUUUCCUAACUAAAGGGUGGGGUCUUAUUUGAGGUUGGGCAUGUAAUUGAAUCAAUAUGAUAACCAACUGGAGCGUGUUAAAACAUAUCAACUGAUUGACACUUACAGUGCUCCUUUAGAAACCUCAGUGUAUCCCUGUAACCCUGCCUGCAGAUAUCAAUCAAGACCUCUUGGCUUGGUGGCCACAGUGCACGGGACAAUCUCCAAAUGUUACUCCCAGUAAAUUGCAUGCUAGUAUUUCGUAGUUCAAUGUGAAAUUCAUUUGAUGAAACAUCUUUAGGACAAAUGUCAUGUUCUCCACUAAAUGGGGACACUGUGAUAGUUUCUCCUUCUUUGAAGUGUUGUGGAAGAUUAUCAGAAAUUCCUCCAUCCACAUAAUACUGCAAAAGAAUUAGAGUAAAUUCAUUUUCCUAGUGAUACCAACUCUUGAGUUUCAUUUCUACUGUUUGAAAUUAGGUGAAAAGUUAAACCAUACAUUUGGGAGAAAUAAAAUUUAUAUUAUCUGGCAAUUAGUCUGUUGUAAUAAUUCAGGCAAUUUUCAUACUCCAGAUAAUUUAGUCCUUGAUGGUCCAUUGCAGAUAAAUUUUGUUAUAUACAUUGUAGAUAAGGAUUUGUUACAUAAUGAAGAGAGGUUGUGUGUUGUGUGAGUAACCAGAGAUACAAAGACAACCACUUUCUAACCAGUAAUUACAGAGGCCAACAUGUAAUAUAGCAUGACUGUUGAUGCAAGUUAAAGUAACAUACCUUUCCUCUGUAUACAGCUGGAAACAUUCCAGAAAAUACUGGUACAUAGGAACUGGCUACAAGUGCCUGUGGUAUUUAUGAAAUCAAAUAUAAAACUCAAUAUUACUGGGUAAUUUGAUGUGAUUUAUGAUAUCAAAAAUGAUUUGUUUUUUCUGACAAAAUGACUUAAAAUAAACUCAGUCUAAGUGUUAUUAAUUUGUAUUCAGAACCUUUAUAUCCUAGCAUCACAGUUCACAUUCUUCAUACUUUUCUCUAUACAUUUCCUAUGUUCCUCCAUUAUUCUUGUGACCUUAAUAUGUGACUCAGAUGUGAUAUUGUAAGGAGAAAUUAGAUGCAACAAUGUAAUCACUCUUGGGUUAAAAAAGAAAGGAGACAUCAAAUUCAUUCUGCAUUAACAUUAUUUUAAUGAGAAAAAAAAUUGAUCACAACCAAAAUGACAAGUAAACUCAAUAGUGAUUCAUUUCUCAGUUUUGAAAUUCCACCGGGGUUUACUGUCACAGUGACAAUGGUUUGAGUUUCUACCCUGAGGUAAACGAAACCUCUUACCACUCCCCUGCUUUGCCCCCACCCAUCACCCCCGCCUUGAUCUCUCCCCAGACAACAAUAAACAUCUGAACAUUUCAACAUUUUAAAACAAGUAUUGUUACUUUUGUUGCCGCUGAAUUGGGAGGGUGCAUAACUGUAUUCAUGAAUGAUAUGAAUGAUCAUUUUAAAAAAAAUACCAAAGUAGGAAUUGGGGACUGUCAUCAGCUCAGAACUUCUCUUGACCUCUCAACAUCUUACAGACAUAAGAAACGCGACUGACAAUUGUCUGAUCGUACGAUCGAUCUUUACUCAGCUGAUGAAAUAAAUCUAACUAACAACUACAAAAACAUACACACGGAAAACGUAUCAUAAGCUAUCAAAUACAUUUUAACUAAUAUAAAUUAAAGCGAGCACUGCGAUCUUUCCAAAUGGAUUUAACCUACGAUUAGACUUCGCUCAUAAACCUCAAUUUAGCCUUUAAUCUUAACUUACCUCAAUGAGAUCCUCUUUAGAAUAAAAUUCAGAAAUGAUGACAUUUUUAAAGCCUGUGAGAGUGACUUGACUCAGUGAAAUGUGCAAUCGUCCAGUCGCUAUCUCGUGUGCAUUGUCAGGCAACAUUCUGUCAAACGCUUUCCGGACAGUUUUGACGACCUGAAAACUCGGAUGAAAUGGCCCAAGUGAAAGAGAAUUUGCUCUUUUACCGAGUCUUAGAACCGAUUCUACGAUGUCAGAGAUGUCCAAGUUCAUAACUAAACCGACAGCAGCAAAAGCACCUGCACUUGCUCCUCCAAAACAUUUCACCCUACCCAAAAAACUGCUCGCGUUUUGUUCUAGACAAGACAUCACUCCAAUGUGGUAGAUUCCCAAAAAUCCGCAGCCCGAAAAAGUCAAGUUCAAAUCUUGGACGUCAGACAUGUUUAGAAAAUUUCAAUCUUCGUCAGUUUGUCGGUUGAAGGUGUGUACAUGUAACAAAUUUUCAAGUGUAAUAAAUAAUUCUUCGGCCGCCGGGCAAAUCGCCCGCUUAUUAUGACAUCAUAAAUGAGGAUCACGGUAUUUGUUCACAUGACCGGAAGUCACCUUUGUUGACCUUGUGAUUUCGCGCGAGUUUUUGUAAACCGGUACGUGUUUGUGUGUCAGAUUUUGCUUCCGGUACUACCAAAUACUCGUCUCGGUUCCUUGUGAGUACCAUUUAACUUGUAGUGUGUGAAUGAUGACAUUAUUUAAAUAAAGGAGUAAAAGUCAGUGAGAGAGCGAAGGUCAAUCAAGGACAAAAGGUCACUGAAAGAGUCUUUAACGAAAGAUAGGUCAGUGAAGGUCAGUAGAAAAACGGUGAGAUAGAUGUCUGAGAGUGAACAACUUAGAAAGGUAGAUGUAAGAUAUUUAAAAACCAAUCGCACAAAUUGAAGACUUAAUUCUAAUCUGAUCAAAUAACAACAGAUAGGGAGCAAUGCAUUCUUAGAAGACAACCAUAGUGAAUGUAUAUCAGGCAAUCAACUUGUUUGAACUGUUUCAAGGGCCCUGUACCAUACUGGAGAAGAUGGGCUGGUUGUAGAAUUCCAGCUCUCAUCCUUGAUGAUGCAAAAUUUUUAAGUACUGUUCUUAAAUUUUUUAUGCAGAGAAGGAGGUAUUCUCCUGCAGUGAAUUGUGUUCCCAUGGCUCACCACAAGAGUAUCAUAAAAUGCCACCAACUCAUGACCACCUUGUGUAGCCAAACUAAAUCAACAAACAAUGCAUAUGGGUUUCAUGGAGUAACACCAUGCAAAAGACUAUUUUCCCGGUAAAGAUGAUCUCAAAAUAAAGUGGUCACUCUCUUGUUUUAGGUAAAAGACCCUUGCAUGCCAUUUUGAUCAAUAGUGUGCUUGCACUCUGAUGUGUUUAAGAUUUACAAAGUAAAUCACUCUCAUUCACACCACAAUUUUCAUUUUAUUAUUAAAUUCUGUAUAUUAUUAGAACUCAUACUGUACAUCAGAUGAAAAUAAUGGCAAUUUUCUUUUGCAUUCAUGUAUAAAAUAUCCCAGUGGUAAACUUUUAAAAACCUACAGCAAUAAUAUUAAUUACAAGGCCAUAAUUAUUUGCUGCUCAUUCUAAUUAAAAUUUGAGUGGUUUUAUUUAUUAUACAUUACUUCAAACCACAAUCUUGUGUAAAGACUAAAAUCAAAUAUCUUUAUACAAUAAAAUUAUUUCUGUACAAUUACCAUUGCACCAAACCAAACACCUGUCCAGUCAACACCAUGGAAAAAGUAAAUUGAAUAAGACUUUACCUUUUGUAUUCCUAAUAAAAUAGAAAUUUGGCCCAUCAUAAUUUUCAGUUGUUGUAUGUACUUCAACAUAAUAGCUUCCUUGUGUAUUGUGCUACUUAGUUAAUGCAGUUUCCUUCUUGAUAGAUGAUGAGACAGUCAUCAAACUCUUAAGCACAAGCUAGUAAAGACCUACCCAGCAAAGAAUUACUAAACCAUUUAAAAAUUUUCUGGCAAUUUUAAAAAGGUUUGUCUUUCCACAGAUAUCUGAGUUUCCUUGACGUCCUUAUAUAUAUAUAUAUAUAUAUAUAUUAUAUAUAUAUUAUAUAUAUAUAUAUAUAUUAUAUUUUCCCAGAAAUAUCUUUUGAUCUCAUGUCUGUGGGUUAAGUAGCCCAUGCACAUAAUGAACAAACUUAGCCUGAUGAUGUCUGUUUUCUUCUGAGAGAAGAACCCUAAAUGUCUUAAUCUUUGAUUACAAAAUAAUGCCAGAGAUUCCUAUGAUUCUUGUCUGUAAGAAAACUAAAAAUGCUCAUCAACAACUGUAAAUAAUUAGGCCACAGCAGUUUGUACAAGGCCUUGUUAUUGGCACUCCUGGAGUUCUUCAUUCCCACUGAAUUCAGAUUCAACAUCAGUCUCAUAACCAUCUAAGACAACAUAAUCAUCUGAAACUCCAAGGGCUUUGUCUACAUUACUUGCUCCUUGACACUGGCAUCUUGUCAGAUUCUGACUGCUGUGUCUAUCGCUGGCAGUAAUAAAUGGGCGGUUACUAACAUUAUCAUCCCAUCUCAUUGCACUUUGGAUUAAGCUUUCUGUAUUUUCUGCCACUAAGACUUCUAUGUCACUGUCAUCAUCAGAAUGCUUGACUUGCUGUUGGUCAUUUUCGCUAGACCUUCCUUCAUUUACACGGGCAAUGUCUUCCUGCCAUUGUCCUGAAGUUAUGGCUCGUCCAGACUUUUUCCUAAAGAAAAUAGAAGAGUUUAUCUAUUAGUUGUGAUCAGCUAUUGAGAGAACUUUGUGAGGUGUAACCCAAGCAAAAGAAAACAGUGUGAGUAGUUGAAACAAACACAUUUGCUGAAUGGUGACAAAUUAUUUGCAAUCCAAACAAUACAUACCAGCACUGGACUUGAUGCUUGUCCUGGUAGGUGUGAAUCACCAUAUAAACCAUGGAUAACAGCUCAUCGAGGAACUCAUUUCCUGUUUUCUCCACUUUUGGUAGUGACUCUAGGAUUCUAAAGUAAAGGAAAACAACAGAAUAUCAGAUUGAUUCAAAGUCUCUCAGACAAAUUCUAACAAUGCAGACCAAGGUAAACUUACAUGUUUGCAAGAUGCGAGAUCUGUUUCAGAGAAAUCACACAUGGUUUUGCUGCAAGUUUCAACACCCAAAACACCCGGCGAAUGAAGAAGCAUGACCAAAGUUCAGCCUCGUUCACAGCCUCACUUGUACGGUGAAGUACUGGAAUAGAAAUGGAUAAUCAAGAAUUAAGAAUGACUCUUCACAUUGUCUCUUAUGAACAUUUCAAGUGUAACUUACCAUUAAUUUAUUAUGGGAGCAUAAACAAAUGAAUUUCACAUUCUUCAGUUUCUGUUGUUUGAAUGUAAAGUAGUCUAAAUUCAAUUCAACUUCAUUUAGUUCAAAUCAAUUCCUCUUCUGAACCCUAUGGGUGACUACCAUCUAAUUUUUCCUAAUAUCAACCCUGAAUCACACAUUAAGAAUAAAGAAAAUAACUAUAAACUAAAGAAGCUCUGAAUUCUUAGACAAAUUUUCUUUUAGUUCGCACCAUAAGAAAUGUAUAAAGAACAUUAUGGAGAAUAUGCAUACUGAUGUUAGGAACCAAGGGGUUAAAUGAACUUACUGAUGGUGAGCUUGGACUCUCCUUGUUCCUCUAAUUCUGUUGAAUAUUCAUUAUCAGUUUCAUCACUUUCGGAACUUGUAAAAGCAUCUCCUUCUCCACUACUGUAUGAGUUGUAUGCAGACAGUGAACUGACACUGAUCUGUUGUUUGUCAAGUCCAUGGCUGGACUUGGACCAAGAUGAGUGAAGAUACUGAGACAUGGAAGGCCUUUGGACUGGGACUUUCUUUAGAGUCUCUGGAUCUGGAAAGAAAAACAGCAAAACUCUAUGUUAACUGAAUAACAUGAACAACACACAAUGCCUUGAAUGACUGUCCCAUAUCUGUCACUGUGUUAAAUUCACUCAUUGAUCAGUUGAAAUGCUCUUGUAAACUUGCCUUAAGUAGUCAUACCUGUGUAACAACUCAAAUUUAAGGCUUCCAUAGCUUCACCAGAAUGAUAAUGAUGAGGAUGGCAGUAAAAUUAGAAUAAUUAUAAAAUCUUUAGGUUUGUUAACUUUCACAUAUCAACUUAUGACAGACAUACAAAGAAUAUUUUGAAUGGAAACAGUGCAUCUAGACAUGUCUACUUACAAUGCUGCUUCACAAAUCUCAGCGUGUCUCUGUAUCCUUGCUUGCACAUAUCAAAAAGUACAUCUGGUUGUGGAGGAAAGAAUGCACGGGAACACCUGUACAGGUUCUGUAGCGUAAACUGCAUGCUGGUAUUUCGAAGUUCAAUGUGGAAGUCAUUUGAAGAACUGUCCUUGGGACAGAUGUCACUCUCACCACUGAAAGGCGAAACAGUUAUGGUUUCACCUUCUUUGAAGUGCUGUGGGAGAUUGUCAGAAAUCCCUCCAUCUACAUAGUACUGAAAACACAAUUCUGUUGAUUAGAAACAAUUUUGGUCUCUAAUAAAUUUACAUGCCAACCCCAUGAAAUUUAAUAAUUUUUCUGAACAAUGACAUCAUCUUCUGUGUAACAGAGGAUCUAUAAAUAACCUUUCCAGUGUUUGAAAGCAGUUGUGAGAUUAAAGCUGUAAGUAAACAAUUGUUGUCUCCAAAUAAUUCAAUUAAGGGAGGUCUGUGAAGGGAGAUCUAUACGAUUUGCCCUUCACAGGAUUCUUUUUAUGCCCUUAUCACAGAUUAGCUAGAGUCAAUUUUCAAGUUUCAGAUCUUCCUUUUUUUCAUUCCUUUUACACUUUUGCAAGAAUGUAACAGUAGAAUCCCCAUCCCACAUUACAGCCAGUAAAACACCAACUGUGGUCCAAAGAAAUUUUUCAACUGUAUUUUAUUUUCUGUGACUGACUGUCUACUGGAAGGAAAAUCUUAUUUACCUAUCAGCAAUUAUGUCUGAACCCCACAUAUUGAAAUAAUAUCAUUAAUCCUGCAACUUAAUCCUACUCAACAAGAAGAAAAACAGGAAACUAAACCACAUGACAUGAUGUUAAAAUUUACCUUUCCCCUAAAUUUUGCAGGAAGGAAUCCAGAGUAGAAAGGAACAUAUGAGCUAGCAAUCAAAGCCUGAAACAAAGCAUAAAGUACAUAACAUCAUUCAGUGUUUUAAAUAAUAUGUACUCUCACAAAAAUGAAGUACUUAUGGUGUGAGGUCAUGAGUAAGGUGAUGCAACGGAUCUGCCUUCUGUUGUUGUUAGUACAAAGAGGCAUUAAUUCACAAUUUUGGAAUUAUGAGCCUGUACAAGAUGUUUUACUUUAAAACAUCAGCAGUUGUUUUCAAUAAAGGCUAGGUAUUUCAGAAGUGUCUUUGGAAAAGCAGCAAAACAGUGUUUUAAACAACAAUCUUCAUUCUGACUUAAGCCUCCUGUUCUAAGAGGUGUAACAAAAAGAAUUAACGAAGAAUGCUACUGGAGAAAUGACAUCUAUCCUUUUAGGAAAAUUCAACAAAACAUAACAACGACACUCACAUUGUUGAAAACAGAUGGUAUGAGGUGUAGAAAGAGUACUGCCUGAUUGGAAAAAUCUAAUUGAAAUGGUCUUUGAGAAGAUUUAAGCUACACACUAAAUAGUGAUGUGUAUCAGAGGCAAAAUAAUUGCACUGUAAUUUUCACCAUUUUCUAUGCUACAGCAGUUUAGAAUUGAGAACAACUUUCAGAUGUCUGUGAUUUAAGGGCAAUCGUGAUUGGUUAUAACCCAAAAUUGACUAGUUAAUUUGUUGGUUAUGUAACUAGUGGCAAUGGAAUGCAACUUGAGAUGAGAUUGUGGGAUGUUUCCAUUACAAAGGGUACCCAAUACUUAGGUGUGUAGACGUUUUAAAAUUCUUACAAUCAACCAUCUAUUUCUCUUUUGGUGGUAGCCCAUGAGACUGCCUUUGUUAUUUUGCUGCCUACAAUAAUGUGAGACUGCAUGAGACUGUCUUCAUUAUUGUGCUGUCUACAAUAUUGUACUUGUCAAAAACACUGCUGAGUUUUUCAUAUUAAAAUGAGAUGAUACAAAUUAUGUAGAUGAACCUAAACAUUUAUUCAAAGAUGCAUCAAAUAUAUUUUGGCUUUUGCCGAACUUAACCACUGUACAAUUCAACGGAUGCAAGCAGAACUUUCCACUAACAAUGGGCUGAUAAAUUGUUAUUUCUCAAGUGUCAAGUUAACUGUUAAGAGGUUACAGCAUGCCAUCCAAAUACCAUGCAAAUGAUUGAUUAAUAUUGCAAAUACUGGUUAGUCAGGAAUAUUUAAAUGUUUGCAUACAUAAGCAACCGAGUGUCUAUCUUUUUUCAACCGUAAAAUUGGGUUUAAUUCUGAACAAAAAGGGUAGGAAAUAGAUUAACAUGGUGGGGCAUAUGCUCUAAAAUAUUUCUAAUAUCCUCUUUGAACAGCAGGAAAACACUCUUACAGCCAAAACAAAUCCUCAAAACAUGCGACGCUGUGAGCUGAUUAUUAUUUUACAUACAAUCGUCACAAAGCUAAGACAAACACUCCACUCACGCUGCGCAAUUUCCCACACGAAUAAAUUAUUUUGGUGAGCAACAGAAAACAGCUAAGCCUUAAAAAUGAAAUAAGUUCCUAAACUCAAAAAAAUUGUAAUUAAAACUUCCUCUUCAUGAAAAUAGGAUCAUAGUGUCGCUCUCCCAGUGUUUUAUCACACGAGUUUCAUAUUACGCAACUGGAAAAUACCACGCUCCUUACGAAAAGCACGCGAGAAGGUUUUUAGAAUUUUGUUGCUGGAAAAAACAGGUCAAUAAAUGGUCCUUGAUGAUAAAUUUUUUCUUUAAACGGGAACCACUGGCCAGGAAUGACCCUGGCUACAUUCUAUGCAAAUUCCAUCCCGCGCUUGGGCGACUAUUACACCGUCUGAAGCGACAAUGCCAGAAAUGCAAAUCAAGUUGACCAUGAAUUUACGACAUAGAUGAUUAUUACGAAACAUAACUCACCUCAAUAAGAUCUUCUUUAGAGAAGAACUCAGACACAAUAACGUUUUUGAGAUCAGAAAUUCUUGUUAACGACAGAUGAAGCCUUCCACUGGCGAGUUCAUGUGCGUUGGGAGGCAGAAUCCUUUCGAAUGAUCGACGAAGAGUUCUGACGACAUUGAAGCUUGGAUGAAGGGGUCCUAGCGUUAAAGAAUUCGCUCUUUUAGCCAGUCUGAUUACAAACUCAGCACUGUCACUAACAUCUAAGUCUAAAAGCAACGCAAUUGCGGCAAAGGAACCAGCACUCGCGCCGCCAUAACAUUUUACUCGUUUCAAGAGCGCCGGAGCGUUUUCUUUCAAGCAAGACACAACUCCGAGAUGAUAGAUUCCCAAAAAACCACAUCCAGAAAACGUUAAAUUCAGAUCUUGGACUUCAGCCAUGACUAAAAAUUUUCCUCUUGACUUUUAACAACGGGAAUUUAAGGCGAAAUCUCACUAGAAAACGAAGAACAAUUCGACAGACAUCAUGGUGAGCUCGAUUGCGUCGAUAAAUAUAGUUUCGUUUUGCGUGUUGUACGCCUAGUUACCGCCCCUCUCAAUCCCACGUACGUCCCCUUUUCUGAUUGGCUGUCAGCUCAAGAUUUCUUUAGGGAACCAAUCAGAUACGAGCAUGACUAAGCCCUUCUGGCAGUUGAUGAAAACGAUGAAACAAGAUCGUCAAACCGGUUUUGUGUCAAGUAAACAAAACGUGACAAGAAAUACCUGUUGGUUUCUCUUCCUUCUCCUUCACGUGAGAUUCGUGAUGUAUGCCUCCAAGGGAAAGAAGGGAUGCUGGAAUAUUUUUUUCAGUGUCAAUUUUUACUUACAAGAUUACAUUGCAGUUUUUGAUGGCUUUUUUUUCUUUGAAAAUCUGAUGCUCCGUUUAACGUUGCAUUUUGUCUGAAACGUUGGCGCUCUUCAUACAGUCAUUUCCGAUCCUCGCGUGCGUCAAGAUGCAGUGUCUUGUGACCGCAAGAAGAGGAAACAGUUUUCUUGUUAUCGUGAUGUUGGUUUUUUCUUUCUUUUCCUGAACAUAAAGGUUACUUUGGGGAUAAAACAUUAAUUUCAUUAAGAUUUUGUCAAAGGCCAUUGCAUGUCAAACCCCGUCAGACAUUCGGCAACAUUUCAUAAUGCAGCCAUCGGGGGGUCAGUCCGUCUUUCUGUUUGUUGCGAACAAACUUUACCCGUUGGCAGACAUCUGGGGGGCAUUUGCAGAAGUCUUUAAGGGUAAAUAUGGCAAGAGAAAUCCCAUAGAUGAGAGAGGAGAAAAGUAAUUUUGUUUUGCCCGUUUUUUUUCUUUUGUUCGUAAAAUAGCGCUAAGUUCAGAAAAAAAUGUCACGUUUUGAUUUGCUUUAUUUCAUGUAACAAAAACCUCGUUCUCUCAACGGGCUUGAAUAUGCUAUACAUAUGUACCAAAAGAAAAGGGGCGGGACAAGAAAUGGAAAAUUUUUCCCCUUAGGUGUAUUAGGUGUUAAAACAGGCUCCAGAGAAGAACUUCCAAGUUUUAAAGGAUGCUACGUGAUCUAGCAUAAUGCACAAAACUCCAAAGGCCCGUGAAGGCACCUAAAGGCGCUGUUAUGGUGCAUGUCUACACAUACAACCCAGCUAUACAACCACAAUAACAUUUCAGAUACUCUUUUGUUAUAAUCAUAAUGCCAAAGUGUUUAUUAAAAAAGCAAUCUGUGUGAUUUUUUUUUGUCUCAACAAACUUUCAUUCAAGUGGGGCUUACAAGCUGUAAUCUUUUUCAAACAUAGCCAACAACAAUAAUUUAGUCAGAACGCCACGUGAGUCACAAUAAAGACCUUGUGUGGCAUGUGAAGGAAUUCUCUCUCUCCGGCGUGCACUAGCGUAGAGCCAGUUUUACAGAACACUGGGUGUGUGCGUUUUGUUCUGGUCUUAGCCUAUCGCGAGAGCGUAAAAAAAUAAUGAAAAAACGCGGAGAGAAAACUGGAGAUUGAUAAAAGCGCUAUCUUCGUGGAUUAAUUAUACACUAUAACUGUUUUGAUUAAAAAUCAUCUGUCUUCCUCAUAGAUUAGUAGUCACGUCUAAUGGGUAUUCACUUCACCCGUCAAACUCUGUCAAUAACAAGUUCUUUGCACGCUUCUCUUUUCAAUGCUCAUUUGACUUGCGCAAGCUAGGAUCACCAAAGUGAAUUAUCUUUAGUUUACCCAGUAAACAUGGAAAGUUUGUUUUAUGCCGCGACAAGCCUAAUCAUGCAGUUAAUCCAGGAAAUGAGUGAAUGGAUUUCCAAUGUAAAGAAUAUUUCUCAGCGUUAGCUUAUCAUAAUUCCUAACUUUUGAGACGCGUCGGAAGUGUUUUUCAUACUGAAACCUCUUUUCGACUUAAUCCUUUGUAGUAGGGGGUAGCUAUUGCCAACCAUUGUUAUGAUGUGGUGUACAAGAUUCUUAAUUCUGAGGCCGCUAUUUAGUAAUCAGACUUCUGUUUUGUUAUCUAAAAAGAGUAAUUUGGUAUUAUCAACUGAGUUGAUAACGUAAAUUGGCCAUCGUAAAGAGUUUCAUAGCUGAAGUUUCGAGCGCUAGUCUUUCGUCAGAUAACGACCACCAACGCUCGAAACGUCAGCUUUGAAACUCCUUAAGGUGGACAAUUUACGUUAUCAACUCAGUUAAUGAUGCCAAAUUACCCCGUUAUACUCUCCCACCGACGCAGCACCACAGUUUCUCUAAAAACUUACCCCCUUUAUUGUUAUUUAAACAGAUGGCCUAUAAAAGCUUAAUUUUACUUAUUGAACUAAGCUAAGUUGACUCAAAAGGUUUUUUGACGUAUUAAAUCUCGCAAAGUCGAUGCAACACCGUGGUGCACGUGCGAUAUCUGUGAAACCUUUGUUAGCACCAUCAGUAUAUGGAUUCUCUUUUCCCAAAUUGCCUAUGCGAGGUUCUACGAACAUCACAUUUGUGAUUUUAUUUGAUUACAGUUUGUCUACAUCUCAGGGAUGUAUCAUUUUAGGGCCAUUUUCACGAACAAUUUCUAGCUUCCAAUCCCCUUCCCACCCCUCCCUUCACUUGGGAAGAUUCCUUCCCCCCCCCAGUUUUGAGCAGAGCAGAGAGAGGCGUAGCCAGGAUAUAUGCACAUAAUUUCGUGCAGCGCUGACGUGGUCCUUUCUUAAAAAACUUCAAUCUUUCAUCUUAUACUUAAGGACAACACGAACCGCAUGCAAAGCUUCGGGGGCUAUCCUAGAAACCUUGAUCAUCUGGCACAUUACACUAAUUCGUUUGUGUUUACUAACUGUUUGAAACCUGAAUCCAAGGGCGGUUUAAGAACCCUUCACAUCAGCAAAACGCAAUCUCUGUAGCCGAUGUGGGAAAUUUUCAUGGCCUUUAGAUCUCUCUGUUACCACAAGAAAACUCUGACUUGAGCAGCAACGCCCGGAAAUGAACCAGGAUGCCUGUUUAUCCGGCUUUCCUAUUGUCUGCACAGAAGUUGCGCAAAGGAAAAUUACAUGCGCGCACGAGCUUGUAACAUUCGAAAGAAGACCUCAAAUAACUUCGUCAAGGAACUGCACGAGAUUUUCCGAGAACGUCGAAUCGUACUUCCUAUGAAAGAUUUUUUUUCUUGCCUUUCUAAUGAGAUUACUAAGACGUAAGAGGCACGUGAGUCGCGAUGUCUCCUCUGUCACGCGUAAUGUACCCCUCGAUGUGAACUCCAAUGCACUUUCCGUGAUUAAUGUCUAUAAUCAGCUAAAAGUGGUUGCCGUAAAGGACAUUCAUCGCCUGGGUGGGGUUUAAAGGAUUUUUGGGGGAUCACAUGGUUAUCAGGGAGAACGGAGGAGGGGAACAGUCGUCACCAGCGUAUUAUAAAGGUGGGACUAGAAUUGACUGGCACUCAACUGCCAACAUUAGGGGGAUCAUAGGAAUAUUGCAGUUUGAGAGCUUUUGGGGUGAUAACGUAAAUGUUAUCGACAAAAAACCAAUUCCUCCUAAAACAUAUAGUCUCUUUAUUUUAAAUUUUUCUUUCCCUUUUCCAGGAAUUUUGUGCCAGCUGCAGUAGCAGUAAACAUCUGGAAGUUGCAUAAUGGCAAACGGAAAACAAUUGUCGUUUUUGAUGCUUUGUGUGGUACUUGUGAGUGUUGCUGUAGUUAUGGGGUACAGUGUCCCUUGGGGUGUAGCCAUUUUAACCAUGGCCAUCUGCUGGUUUUGGUAUAAACGCAGCCAUGUUGCACGUAUUACCAAUGUAGAGUUUUACAAACUUCACGUUGUGCCGCAGUAUACCAAAGAUGCGUCGUCUCUCGUGACGUCAGAGUGGUCAGUACCUGUGACCGCGGAGGGUAUUGAGGAACCCAACUAUGUGCGUACAUCCAGUAUGAUCGAGUCACGUGAUGCCUUCCCCUGUCAUUUGGUUGCUUUGGGGACGUUCGAUGGAGUGAAGCAAGUUAUCGCUCAUUGUGUUUUACGAGAGACUUCCACCUCUAGGCCACCUGACUUGAAUAAAUUUAUAAGAAUGCUGAAGAUGGGAUUGCCGUUUCCCGCAGUUCAACAGUCUAUGGAGGUUGCUGGUUUAGAUCCAUCGCUGCUAAAUCCGAAAGUUAUCGACGAGUUUGAAAUAUUGGAGACGCCUACAUCAAGUAUAGCUCAUAACGUUACGCUGUCCUCCCUUAUUGUAAAGCCCGAGUUUCGUGGUCAGGGCCUGGGCAAGAGUAUGUGUGCAUACGCACUACAAGUAGCUUCCAGUCUCGGAGCAAAAGAAAUUAUCGGAGGCUGCAAAAAUGAAUUGGUUGCCUUUUACGAGAAGAUUGGUGUUAAAAAAAGAGUCGGCAUAAAGAGAAGAAACAUACCAAGGGUUCGGCUUGGCAAUGAAAUGUUCCUAGUGAUAGACGAAGAAGCAAGAAAACAAGCGUCAGAGAUAAUGACCAUCACAAACGCGAAAUGCUAA